AUGUCACAAUAUAAGAGAAAGAAUGAUGGUAAUGAGGCAAGCCAUAUCGAAGAUGGUCCAGCUACAAAACAUUUAGCAAUGGAAGAAGAUAAGAUGAAAUCUUUAUUCAAUCAAAAGAUCUGGGAUCCUAAAUUUCAAGAUGAUUUAGAAAAGACAAUUGCCAAAUCUGAACCUUAUAAUUGGGGGUCUAUUACUGAUUUAGUUGAUGAUGAUUUAUUAAGAUCCGUUCGUAAAGAAAUUGAAAAUGAAAUUCAUUUCACUCUAAAAGAAACUGAUAUUUAUAAAGUUAACCAAAGUGGUGAUUUAGCUAAUUUAUCUGGGUUAGAUUGGGCCGAUCUUUCAAGAUUACCAAAUAUGUAUAAGUUACGUCAAAUCUUAUACUCUGAACCAUAUAGAAAAUUUAUCGCUAAAAUUACUAAUAGUAAAUAUCUUUCAGGGUCUAAGAUGGAUAUGAGUGUCAACACAUACACAAAGGGUUGUCAUUUAUUGACUCAUGAUGAUGUGAUUGGUUCUAGACGUGUUAGUUUCAUCCUAUAUUUACCUGAACCUGAUAGAAAAUGGAAAGAACAUUAUGGUGGUGGUUUAAGAUUAUUCCCAAGUGUAGCAAAUAAUAUCCCUUAUACUGAUCCAUGUGCUAAAUUGGUUCCACAAUUUAAUCAAAUCGCAUUUUUUAAAGUUAAACCAGGUUAUUCCUUCCACGACGUUGAAGAAGUUAAAGUUGAUAAACAUAGAUUAUCAAUCCAAGGUUGGUACCAUAUUCCACAAGAAGGUGAAGAAGGGUACAUUCCAGGUGAAGAAGAAGCUUGGGUAAAUAACAACAAUUCUACUCUAUCUCAACUAGAGUUUAACUUAUUACAAGAAUUCGAAUAUCCAAAGGAUGAUAGAAAACUUGUUGUUAAGGAACCAUCUCAAGAAGAACAAUUAACGAAAUUAGCUGAAGAUAUUACAAAAUUAUCUACAGAUGAAAUAAAAGAAUUAUCUAAAUAUAUUGCAGAAGAACAUUUAACUGAAGAAGGUUUACAAGUUCUUCAAAAAAAUUUCCUUGAAAACUCCGCACUAUCAAUUGAUAACUUCUUAAAUGAAGAAACUUCUCAACUUCUUUCGAAAUUGAUUAAAUAUAGAGAGUUGAAUGAAAAAUGCCCAACUACUGUUAAAGAAAAUAAAAAACCAUGGGAAACUGCUAAACCACCACACAAAUGGAGAUUCUUGUACCUCGACGAAAAUGAAUUCAAUGAAGAAUCCCAAAAUGAAAAGAAUGAAUUGGAUUCCAAACUUUAUGACUUGUCUCAAUUUAUACAAUCAUUUGUUUUUAAGAAAUUUAUCGCAGCCAUUACUUGUCUAGUCCCAUUGACUCAAUCCGUUAUAGUUAGAAGAUUCAGACCAGGGAACGAUUUCACUCUAGCAGAUAGAUUACAACUAAAUAAAAACUUCGAUAACUUAAUGGAUUGUAUCCUAGAAGGUACUCUUUCAUUAAGUGUAUUUGAUGAUUGGGAAAAUGGUAACAUUGGUGGUUAUCAAAUUUACAUGUUAAACGAAGAAGAUAAUGGUGACGAUCAAGCUGUUGUCCAUGACGAUAACGGUGAAUCAGUUUUAAUUAACAAAGCUGCAUCUUGGAAUUCUUUCAACUUGGUUCUAAGAGAUGAAAAUGUCCUUGAAUUUAUUAAGUACGUCAGUUGGGGUGCUAAAGGUAGUAGAUGGGAUAUUAAAAUGUUGUGGGACGUUAAGGAUACUGGUGACGACGAUGAAGAAUAA